GCCCACAAUUCAUUCCAAAAAGAGGGCCCAAUUUACUAAUCUAUUGUUAUUGUUACUUGUUAGGGUUUAGCAUUCCCCACUAAAACUACCCACUUAUCGGACUAUAACCUGGCCGUUUCAUUUCUCAGCAGUGAAGAAAGCAGGGUUUGAUUUGCAAAAAUGGUUUCGUUGAAGCUUCAGAAGCGGCUCGCCGCUAGUGUUCUUGGUUGUGGAAAGAAGAAGACCUGGCUUGAUCCUAAUGAAACUUCUGAGAUCUCCUUGGCUAAUUCUCGACAAAACAUAAGAAAAUUAAUCAAAGAUGGAUUUAUCAUCAGGAAGCCAGCAACUAUCCAUUCUCGUUCCCGUGCUCGCCGAAUGAAAGAGGCAAAGAGGAAAGGGCGUCACUCUGGAUAUGGUAAACGUAGGGGUACUAGAGAAGCCAGAUUGCCAACAAAAGUCCUCUGGAUGAGGAGGAUGCGUGUGCUGAGGCGCCUUCUUCGUAAAUACAGAGAAUCCAAGAAAAUUGACAAGCACAUGUAUCAUGACAUGUACAUGAAGGUCAAAGGUAAUGUCUUCAAGAACAAGCGUGUGCUGAUGGAGAACAUCCACAAAUCAAAGGCUGAGAAGGCAAGAGAAAAGACACUCUUUGAUCAAUUUGAGGCUAGGCGUGCCAAGAACAAGGCCAGCAGGGAAAGAAAGAUUGCUAGAAGAGAUGAACGUCUGGCUCAGGGGCCGCAGGGCCCUAUCGAGAAAGCUCCAGCUCCAGCUGCAGCCCCAGCCCCAAAGCCUGCCGUGCCUACCAAGAAAUCCAAGAAGUAAAGCAAUUGAUAUUGAAUUAAACUUUGAGGAGGGUUCUGUACUUCUGUUUUUGUUUUAGCAACUGUGGAAAGACCUGGUGAAAUACCAUAUUACAAAUUUUUGCUGUUGAAGUUAGUUUUUAGAUGACUUUAUUUCUUUUCUAGACAGACAUUUUUAUUUGCCAUGUUUGAUGUAGCUGCCAAGGACCUGAACUACUGCACAGUCUCAUUAAUUUUGAUGUCUGAUUUGAAAUUGUUUCAGAAAAUUUAUAUGCAUGCUGUGAAUUUGAUGUAUGUUUUUUGCUGGUGCUUCCUUCCCAA